AGCUGUAGUCCGUAGUGUGAGCUAGAGCUGUGUCAAACGUGUUCAUUUUAUUUGUUGUUUGUUUGAGGGAAUUAUCAAGUUUUGUCGUGUGGUUUUAUCUUUUUUCGUUAGCGAGUGAAAAUGAGCGACGAUAAGCGUAUACGCAGUCCUAAUUGGCUGUCGUCUGAAAAUGAACUUCUGUUGAGUCUAGUUCAAUCGCAUUUUAAUAUUAUAGAAAAUAAAAAAACUGAUGGAGUGACUAUAAAAUCAAAAUUAGCUCAGUGGAAAAUUAUUGCAGACCAGUACAAUAGGCGCACAAGCCACUGCUUUCGCACAGCAGAAAACCUAAAAGCUAAGUGGGAGAGUUUGAAAAAGGUAGCUAGAAAAGAUGCAGCAAAUAAUAGGAGACAUAUGAUUCAAACAGAAAGUGAGGAUCCACUAUCUAUACCUCUGAAAAAGGAAGAUACCUUUCUUCAGCGGAUCUUAUGCCUAAUAUCCACCAGUGCUGGAUUGGGGAACAUGAUUGAGAAGCAGAAAUCAAAUCGCGACACCCGGAUUUCUAGGAGGCCAAUCCAUACAAAUACGUCUUCUUUGGAACUGUUGCGUAAAAAGAAGAUAGAAGCCAUAGAGCUACAAAAAAAGCUUGCGGUGGAGGAAAUGGAGAGAAAAAAGGUUUUACAUGACCUUGAUACUCAAAUAAAAAAACAAAUACUAAGACAAGAAAAAAUCAAAACAAAUUUGUUACUGAUCAAGCGAAGAAGAUUAUUAGCUUGCAGAAACACAAAAUGAAUUCUCAAAUGAAAAUUGUUUAAACGUUGCAUUAUACAAUGCCAGACUAUUAAUUUAGUGUGUUGCGUUGAUUUGAAAUUAAAACAGAAUAAAUAUUUCCGAAAUGACAUAAAUCAGAUAAUUGGACUGACUGACGCCAUUACAUGAUUCUAGGAAUAGCUGUUAUUCCGUGCGAAACGGCGGCAUAGUAACAAUUCUCGAAUAGGCCCUCUAUUCUUAGAAUUGUAGAUGGUAAAACGUAAAAUUGAUUUACUCUCGAUAAACUGACGAUUUAUUCUAAGAUUAAGAUUUACUCGUUUGGUCUAAUCCAACCUAAAUAUAUUUUUUUUUAUUCGAUGUAUUAUUAAUUGCAAUGGCAAAGUUUUAAUUAUUGAACGGUUUUGAUUGCUAGGUACUUAUCUUAAAAGAUAUUAUCAUUAUCAUUUAGCAAUAGUAACAAAACCUAGGAUAGGUUUUGUUCCUAAGUUUGAGUCACUUUUAUUUAAACCUAGAACUAUAUUUGCUAGAUACUAGUAUACAUUGUUUUAUUAUGACAUUUCAAUAAAUUAUAUAAAAUUC